UCUUAUUAUAUUUAUAUUUCAGUUUUUAUUGUAUUUUAUUUUAUAGUUUUUCAUAUUGUAGUUUAUUUUUAUGUUUGAUUAUAUCUUAUCUUAUUUCAUAUUAUUUUUGGACUUUUACCUGAUGUGUAUUUUAAUUAUUUUUAAUCCAUUUAUUUUAUCAUCUAGUGUUUCCUCAAAGAGCCCUCUGGAUCUCCACGUCCAGAAGAUUCCUGUGAUUGGCUCUUCUCGCUGGAGCCUCUGUAUCCAUGCAUGUGCCAUUGUCAUUGUGUUGUUAUUAUUAUUGUUGUUGUUGUUUGUUUAUUUUUAUGUAUAUGUUUGACUGUCUUCAUGGGGUGUGGGUGUUAUAUCUCAUUUUGUUUUUAACUAUGUAAAGCACUUUGAGCUGCAUUUUAAAUGUAUGAAAAGUGCUUUAUAAAUAAAAAUGUAUUAUUAUUAGUAAUAGUAUUUUUCUUUUGUUUUGGGAUCACAGGACUAUUGGAAAAAUAUUUGCUGUGAGUCUCGCACAAGGGUGGACCACCACCAAACUUUUUAAUGCAGUGGUGUUACAGCUACAUAUCCACUGGUGAAUUUGACCAGGGAUCAAUAACUGAAAAGGACGUUGUGGACCUGGAGCUCAUGGAACUAAUAAAAGAGAUUGAGGCUGCUGACAGUGAACUCCUGAUGGCAUACACAGACAGGAUUUUUUCAUGUGGAUACACAGGGCCUGUGUCCAUUGAAAAAAAGGAAGACAUUGUGCGCUCUUUAGUUCUACACUCUAUAGUCAGGUUACUGCCCAUGCUCCAACAAAUCUCCUCUGGAAUGAAACUGUAUGACCUCCUCACCUUAGUCCAGCAGGAAAACGACAUCUGCAGACAGCUUUUUGUUCCAGGAUCUUUUUGCAAGGUGGAUGCUGAUUUUCUUGUGCAGUCCCUAUCCCCUGUCUUUAGUGAGAUUGGCACAAUGAGACAUCAAAGAGAGUCCACAGUGGUCAACUUUCUCCAAGCCUUUGUACAGGCUAUGGAGGAUGAAGAAGAGGAUGAACACAACUCAGAGACCAGAGAAGAAGAUGAGGUCAACAAGGCUGAAAAACAAAACAAUGAGACACAUAUUACUGUUGGAAAGUUCUGCCAGUGGCUCACAGGACAGUCUCAUAUUCCUUUAAGUUAUGCAGAACGUAAACACUUUAAAAUAGUCAUGGAAUUUGACCAUGACUGUGAGGUUCGUCAUGGUGCAAAUCAUACCAUCUGCUAUCCUGUGGUUAAUGCAUGUUCCUGCUCAGUUUCAUUCCCAGUUGCACACCUGAGAACAUAUGCAGAGUUCAAAACAGUACUCUCUCAGGCCAUUGUCAAUGGCUUUGAAUUUAGCCGGUAUUAAUAAAUAAAUAAAUGAUAAAUGGGU